AUGAACAGGCAUAACGCCUUUCCGAAGGGCUCCUCGGCCUACCCCCGGGGUUCCGCCUUCUCGAUCUCUCCCAAUCGUUUCCAACCUCGAUCCCAACCUGCCCUUCGCCGCCGCCGACAACUCUUCCAACGCUUAAUCCUCCUCGGUGUGGUCACCCUCCUCCUAGUGACUUUCAUCUUCCCAUCUUGGCGCGCCGCCAUCCUCCCGACCAUUUCCUUGGGCCUCCUCCAUCCCUCUGAAGACCUCCAACUGCAAACCGUCCGCUACUAUGACCUAUCCGAAGUGCAAGGCACCGAGAAGGGCUGGGAGCGUGGGGAGCGUGUGCUCAUGCUUACCCCGCUGCGAGACGCCUCCUCCCACCUGCCCAUGUUCUUCUCGCACUUGCGCAACCUUACCUACCCGCACAAUCUGAUUGACCUGGCCUUCUUGGUAUCGGACUCACGCGAUGACACCCUCGGCAUGCUCUCGCGCAUGUUACAGGAAGUGCAGAACGAUCCCGACCCCAAAAUGUCCUUUGGCGAGAUUUCCGUGAUUCAGAAGGACUUUGGCCAGAAGGUGCAGCAGGAUGUGGAGAGUCGACAUGGCUUCGAGGCGCAGGCGAGCCGGCGGAAGCUGAUGGCUCAAGCCAGGAACUGGUUGCUGAGCGCGACACUCCGGCCCACCCACAGCUGGGUCUACUGGAGAGACGCAGACGUGGAGACGGCGCCGUUUACGAUCAUCGAGGAUCUCAUGCGACACAACAAGGACGUGACUGUCCCGAAUGUGUGGAGACCGCUUCCAGAUUGGCUUGGUGGAGAGCAACCAUACGAUUUGAACUCUUGGCAAGAAUCAGAAACAGCUCUUGCACUCGCUGAGACCCUGGAUGAGGACGCUGUCAUCGUGGAGGGAUAUGCCGAAUAUGCAACCUGGCGGCCUCAUCUGGCCUAUCUCCGUGAUCCCUACGGAGACCCAGAUAUGGAGAUGGAAUUGGAUGGCAUUGGCGGUGUCAGUAUUCUGGCAAAAGCUCGUGUGUUCCGAGCCGGCGUUCACUUCCCUGCCUUUAGCUUCGAGAAGCAUGCUGAAACAGAAGGCUUUGGCAAGAUGGCCAAACGAAUGAAGUUCUCCGUCAUUGGAUUGCCGCAUUACACUAUCUGGCACUUGUAUGAGCCAAGUGUUGACGACCUGCGCCACAUGGAAGAGAUGGAGUUGGAGCGCCAGGCUCUCGAAAAAGAAGAACGCGAGCGUGAGCUUGCUCAACAGAAAGAAAACAGCCGAUCUAAACCCCAGACCCCCGCCAAGGGCUCUAGCGAAGGCUCCGCUUCUCAGCCUGAAAAGGAUUCUGGAAAGGGCUCCUCCAAGAAGUAG